AAAAUUAUUGAUUUUGUAAGAGAAAAGUUGAUCAUAGUAUCGCUCUGGCACUUGGUUCUAUGAUGAUAACAUUGCGCGUCCAGCUCAGCGUGCUUUACGUGAUGACGUCGGCUUGUGUUUGGACGUUCUCAGUGUCACUGCUGCGCCGUCAACCUGAGUGGUAGGACGAGGAUUGUUGUCCCACUUAACACAGACUCGUCUUCAUCAUGGCACUGAGAAGCGCUGUGGGUCGUCUCCUGGUCAACCCUCACAGAUCAUUAACCUUCCUCUCAGCUUCCAGAGCACACAGCACCGCAGCCCCGGCCAGAUUUGAUGCAGAGAAGAAUGAGCAGAAGUCUAAAGCACCGAAGGUCCACUUCGACUGGCGCGAUGCCCUGGACCUGGAGGGCCAGCUGACGGAGGACGAGAUCAUGAUCAGAGACUCUUUCCGGACCUACUGCCAAGAGAAACUCAUGCCUCGCAUCAUUAUGGCAAACAGAAACGAAGUCUUCCACAGAGAAAUUGUGUCAGAGAUGGGAGAGAUGGGGGUCUUAGGCCCAACCAUUAAAGGUUAUGGCUGCGCUGGCACCAGCUACGUGGCCUACGGUUUGAUCGCCAGAGAAGUAGAGCGAGUGGACAGCGGCUAUCGCUCAGUCAUGAGCGUGCAGUCGUCCCUGGUCAUGCACCCCAUUAACGCCUACGGCACCGAGGAGCAGAAACACAAGUACCUCCCCAAGCUGGCUUCUGGAGAGAUUUUGGGCUGUUUCGGCUUGACGGAGCCAAACCACGGCAGCGAUCCAGGCAGCAUGGAAACCAGAGCCAAGUACAAUCCAUCCAGUCGCACCUAUACUCUCACUGGCUCAAAGACCUGGAUCACCAACUCGCCCGUGGCAGACAUCGCUGUAGUCUGGGCCAAAUGUGAUGACGGAAAGAUCCGCGGCUUCAUCUUGGAGCGUGGCAUGAAGGGCCUGUCGACGCCUAAGAUCGAGGGGAAGUUCUCCCUGAGAGCCUCGGCCACGGGCAUGAUCGUCAUGGACGAGGUGGAGGUUCCCGAGGAGAACCUGCUGCCUAAAGUCUCCGGCCUCGGGGGUCCUUUUGGCUGCCUGAACAACGCCCGUUACGGCAUCGCCUGGGGCGCCCUGGGGGCCGCCGAGUUCUGCUUCCAUGCAGCUCGACAGUACACACUCGACAGAAUCCAGUUUGGUGUGCCGCUGGCAAGGAAUCAGCUGAUGCAGAAGAAGAUGGCGGACAUGCUGACAGAGAUCACCAUCGGCCUGCAGUCCUGUCUGCAGCUGGGAAGACUAAUCGAUGCCAAAAAAGCGGCGCCGGACAUGAUAUCCAUGCUGAAGAGGAACAGCUGCGGUAAAGCCCUCGACAUCGCCAGGCAGGCCAGAGACAUGCUGGGAGGAAACGGCAUCGCAGAUGAGUACCACGUCAUCCGGCACGUCAUGAACCUGGAGGCCGUCAACACAUACGAAGGUACCCAUGAUAUCCACGCUCUGAUCCUGGGCCGGGCCAUCACAGGACUGCAGGCCUUCACUGUGGACAAAUAGACCCAAACUACACAAACCUGCUCUAGAAAUACUGUCAACUCUGCUGCUGUUUGAAGAUUAUUUACAUAAAUUCUCAUCUGUUUAUGUGACGUCGUUUGUUUCCAAUCAGCUUUCUAGAAGAUAUAUUUGAGUGCUUGAUGUGAGAGAAAGAACCAAGUGUCUGAACUAAUGAUUUUUCAACUUAAAAAGGGCUAUUUUUGAUACUCUUAUUCAGAGAUUUCUUCUCAGAGUUGUAUAGACAAAUCCAUUGUAAAGAUGUUCAUGGACACUAGGCACGAGGCCCUACCUUUAGCGUAGUUAAUGAUAUUUUUUGCCAUUCAAGACAUCCAUUAUGUGGCUAAGUAUCUUGAGUCAAUAUUCUUGGGUUUUUUUUCCAGAAAAAAUAUAUUUUUUAGGGAUGUUCCUUUAUUUAGAACAGCUGAAGAGAGACAGGAAACGGGGGGAGAGAGAGAGAGAGAGAGAGAGAGAGAGAGAGAGAAGGAUGACAUGCAGCCAAAGGCCUCGGGUCGGAUUUGAACCUGGGCCGCUGGCAAGGACUGAGCCUACAUAGGGCGCGCACUCUACCAGGUGAGCUAGAGGCCGCCUCAAUAAUGAGUUGUCUUAAAGUUCUCAUAUUAAGCUUUUUGGCUUUUUCCCUUUCCUUUAUUGUUUUAUACUGUAUAUCUUUUUGUGCACGUUAUAGGUUUUAAUCCAGCCUUUACUUCA